AUGCACAGGGCACGACUCGUUGAUGAUCCUCAAAUUAAACAGUCCUCGCUCCACAACCCCCUCCCUACUCAGCUACACACCUAUGUCUGGCCGUUCCUGAUCGUCUGGCCCGCGUUUUUAGCAUUCUAUCUCUCCCCUGAACGCUAUGAUACGUACAUCCAAGGUCAGGAAUGGACAUUUGUCUGGGUUGGCUCGAUCAUCACGAUUCAGUCUCUCUUGUGGUUGAUGACCCAAUGGAAUAUCAAUAUCCAGACACUGUUCACUGCUACUAACGCCAAAUCCGUGGACUCCGCUCGGCUUAUCAAGGUGAUCCCAGCCGCAAACGCUGGUUCGGCUGAGAUCUGUCCGUUGAUCUUUGACACAAAAGAUGGAAGAAAGACGAUCUCGUUUCUGUUCCAGAAACGCCGUUUCCUCUACUAUCCUGAAAAUGGGACCUUCGCUCCUUUGUCAUACGCCCUCGACGCCGAGCCCAAGCCUGCCCUCAAGACCUUCCAGAAGAGCCAGGGCUUCACCUCCAAGGAGGAAAUCGAGCGUAUCCGGCAGUACUAUGGCGAUAAUACCUUUGAUAUCCCGGUUCCUGGAUUUGUUGAGCUGUGGAAGGAACAUGCGGUUGCGCCUUUCUUUGUUUUCCAGAUCUUCUGCGUCGGGCUAUGGAUGCUGGAUGAAUACUGGUACUAUUCCCUGUUUACUCUCUUCAUGCUUGUCAUGUUUGAGAGCACAGUGGUUUGGCAACGUCAGAGGACCCUCAAUGAGUUCCGGGGUAUGAACAUCAAGCCGUACGAAGUGUGGGUGUUCCGUGAGAAGCAAUGGCAGAAAACCACCAGCGACCUACUCUUGCCCGGCGACUUGAUGUCCGUCAACCGGACCAAGGAAGACGGCGGUGUUGCGUGCGACAUUCUUUUGAUUGAAGGCAGCGCAAUUGUGAACGAGGCCAUGCUCUCCGGCGAGAGUACGCCACUCUUGAAGGAAUCAGUCCAGCUUAGACCAGGCGACGACUUGAUUGAACCUGAUGGACUCGACAAGAACUCGUUUGUACACGGAGGAACUAAGGUUCUGCAGAUUACUCAUGCGAACACCACGUCGGAAGAUGUCGCCAACUCGUCCAAGGAUGGUUCCACUAUCCUUCCCACGCCCGAUGGUGGCGCCCUGGGUGUCGUCGUCAAGACUGGGUUUGAAACAAGUCAAGGUAGCCUUGUACGCACCAUGAUCUACUCCACUGAGCGAGUGUCCGCGAACAACGCGGAAGCUUUGCUUUUCAUCCUGUUCCUGUUGAUUUUCGCCAUUGCCGCUUCCUGGUAUGUCUGGCAAGAGGGUGUGUUGAGGGAUCGCAAGAGGUCGAAGUUGCUCCUAGACUGUGUCCUCAUUAUCACCAGUGUCGUUCCUCCUGAGCUCCCCAUGGAACUCAGUCUUGCUGUUAACACGAGCUUGGCUGCUCUGAGCAAGUUCGCUAUCUUUUGCACCGAGCCUUUCCGGAUCCCCUUUGCUGGUCGUGUGGAUGUUGCCUGCUUCGAUAAGACUGGCACUCUCACUGGGGAAGAUCUUGUUGUCGAUGGAGUUGCUGGUCUCACGCUGGGUCAGGCUGGCGCAAAGGUUGAAGAGGAUGGCGCGCACACCGAGCUCUCCAGGGGUGGUAGCAUUGGAGUUGAUACCACGCUUGUCCUUGCGAGCGCUCACGCCCUGGUCAAGCUGGAUGAAGGCGAAGUCGUUGGUGACCCCAUGGAAAAGGCUACCUUGAACUGGCUUGGCUGGACUUUGGGCAAGAACGACACUCUCACGGGCAAGGCCUCUUCGACUGCCAAUACUUCUCGGGUCCCCGAGUCCGUUCAGGUUGUGAGACGUUUCCAGUUCUCUUCUGCUCUUAAGCGUCAGAGUACCAUCGCUACAGUUCUCUUUGAUGAUCGCAAGGUUCACAAAAAGGUCAAGUCAACCUUUGUUGGUGUCAAGGGCGCCCCGGAAACUAUCAGGACGAUGCUAGUCGACACACCGUCAAACUACGAGGAAACUUUCAAGUACUUCACGCGUAACGGUGCUCGUGUUCUUGCUCUCGCUUACAAGUAUCUCUCUCAUGAGUCGGAGUUCUCUCGCUCUCGCAUCAACAACUACACCAGAGAAGAGGUGGAGUGUGAUCUGAUCUUCGCCGGUUUCCUCGUAUUGCAAUGUCCUUUGAAGGAGGACGCUAUCAAGUCUGUGCGUAUGCUUAAUGAGAGCAGCCACCGUGUUGUCAUGAUCACCGGUGACAAUCCUUUGACCGCUGUCCACGUUGCUCGCCAAGUCGAAAUUGUUGAUCGUGAAGUACUGAUCCUCGACGCUCCUGAAAAUGACAAGUCGGGAACCAGGCUGGUCUGGCGGAGUAUUGACGACAAGCUCAACAUCGAUGUUGAUCCCACUCAAGAUCUCGAUCGCCGCAUUUUGGAAACUAACGAUAUUUGUGUCACUGGCUACGCCUUGGCUAAGUUCAAGGACCAGAAGGCUUUGCCUGAUCUUCUCCGACACACCUGGGUCUAUGCUCGAGUCUCACCCAAGCAGAAGGAAGACAUUCUUCUUGGCCUCAAGGAUGCCGGCUACACUACCCUGAUGUGCGGUGACGGUACCAACGAUGUCGGUGCAUUGAAGCAAGCCCAUGUCGGUGUUGCACUUCUAAAUGGUUCUCCGGAUGAUCUCACGAGGAUCGCUGAUCACUACCGGACGACGAAGAUGAAGGAAAUCUAUGAAAAGCAGGUCUCCAUGAUGCAACGGUUCAAUCAGCCUGCGCCGCCUGUGCCUGCGCAGAUUGCCCAUCUGUAUCCCCAGGGUCCCAGCAAUCCCCACUACCAAAAGGCCAUUGAGCGGGAAGCCCAAAAGAAGGGUGCUGCUAUUCAGUCUGCCCCAGGCCAAGCGGAGGCAAUCCCUACCAUCACUUCCCCUGGCGCACAGGCUCUCCAGCAAUCUAAUUCCAACCUGACACCUGAGCAGCAACGGCGGCAGCAGGCUACUGUGGCGGCCGCUGGAUUUGCUGAUAAGCUUACCUCGUCCAUGAUGGAGCAGGAGCUAGAUGACAACGACCCCCCGACGCUCAAGCUCGGAGAUGCCUCAGUUGCCGCUCCCUUCACCAGCAAGUUGGCAAAUGUGAUUGCCAUCCCCAACAUUCUCCGUCAAGGGCGUUGCACGCUCGUCGCAACGAUCCAGAUGUACAAGAUUCUCGCUCUGAACUGCUUGAUCAGUGCUUACAGUCUGAGUGUCAUUUAUCUGGAUGGUAUCAAGUUUGGUGACGGUCAAGUUACCAUCAGCGGUAUGCUGAUGAGUGUCUGCUUCCUGUCUAUCUCUCGCGCCAAGUCUGUUGAAGGCCUGUCCAAGGAGCGCCCACAGCCAAACAUCUUCAAUGUGUAUAUCAUUGGUUCCGUGCUUGGCCAGUUUGCCAUUCACAUCGUCACCUUGAUUUACCUGUCGAACUAUGUCUACAGCAUUGAACCGAGGAAAAGCGACAUUGACUUGGAAGGAGAGUUUGAGCCCUCGCUUCUUAACAGCGCCAUCUACCUUCUCCAGCUUAUUCAGCAGAUCUCGACCUUCUCCAUCAACUACCAGGGCCGCCCCUUCAGAGAAUCCAUCCGUGAGAACAAGGCCAUGUACUGGGGUCUGGUCGCGGCGUCCGGUGUUGCCUUCUCGUGCGCAACUGAGUUUGUUCCGGAAAUGAAUGAGAAGCUACGCCUGGUUCCUUUCACCACCGAGUUCAAGGCAACCUUGACGGUGUUGAUGAUUUUCGACUAUGCAGGAUGCUGGCUCAUUGAGAACGUGCUGAAGAGGCUGUUCAGCGAUUUCCGGCCCAAGGACAUUGCUGUGCGCAGACCCGAUCAGCUUCGGCGCGAGGCGGAACGGAAGCAGAAGGAGGCGUUGGAGCAGCAGGCGGCGCAGAAGUGAGGAAGGCUUAGAGGUUGUGUUUCAGAGUUAUAUGGAUGAUAGAGGGAGGGGCUGUGCUUUAAUGGGUUGUUUAGAUAUAUAGUUGUUGUUGGUAAGAAAGCAAGGCUUGGAAACCUUGCUAAUAUUGAUGGAUGUUUAUAGAGGAGAAAGAAAGAU